AUGAAUUGCGAAAGGAAAGAUGGGAUUGAAGAAGUGGGAAAACCAAUAAUUGACGUUGAUGAUUCCCUAAGACAAGAUAGGUCAGAAAAGUAUGAUGAAUGUCCAAUUUGUUAUCAAGAAUUUGCAUACAAAACUGAAUUACCUGACUGUAGACAUACGUUUUGUUUCUUAUGUAUUAAAGGAGUGGCCCUGAGACACGGAGCAUGUCCACUUUGUCGAAAAUGCAUUCCUUGCGAUAUGUUUCGUGACCCAGUACUUACAACACUUACUGAUCAGCCGACAACAAACAGAGUAGCUACUAUUGGAGAACCAGUAAGCAUUAUGGCAGAAAAUUUCGAUAGUCGGAAGAAGAAUGCGGACAAAGUGCAAUGGUUUUAUGGAGCUCGUCAUGGAGGCUGGUGGCGUUAUGAGCGUCGACACGAAGGCGAAAUUGAAGAAGCUUAUCAACGUGCUUUACACAGCAUUGAUCUACUUAUUGCGGGCAACUUGUUUUGCAUUGAUUUUGACAGUAUGUGUCAGUACAGGAAAGAUUUUGGCAGGAGAGGUAAAUUUACUCGUCCAAUAAAACGAAUUGAAGAAGGAGACCUUAGUCUGGAUGGUGAUGUUCGUGGUAUUGCUGGUCUACGUAUGUCUAGUGAAUUAAACAUCAACAAUGAGCAAGGCUUGUCUGAAAAGUUCGAAGCAAUUACUGAAAAUUUAAAUUCUUUAGAUUUUAACGAAGAUUAA